CAGGUCAGCUGACCCUGAGAGUGACGCUCUCUGGAAACACCAGCGUUGUGUCACAUAAUGAAUAUCCAAUUGUAAGAUUUACCCUUUAAACUAAUGUUGAUAUAGGCUCCAAAAAGUGUUUACCUGUUUUUCGUUUUCACUUGCUUAUUGCAGCAAACCCCUGUAUCGGCCCCUGGGUGUUAGCAGUGUGCAAUCAUGACAGAGUUCUGGUUGAUCUCAGCUCCUGGAGAGAAGACCUGCCAGCAAACAUGGGACAAACUGAUGGUGGCCACCACCCGUACCAACAACUUGUCCACUAACAACAAGUUCAAUAUCCCUGAUCUCAAGGUCGGCACAUUAGAUGUUUUAGUGGGACUGUCUGAUGAGCUGGCCAAGCUGGAUUCUUUUGUAGAGAGUGUGGUGAAGAAGGUGGCCCAGUAUAUGGCUGACGUCCUGGAGGACAGUCGAGAUAAGGUCCAGGAGAACCUCCUGGCCAAUGGAGUGGACCUAAUCACUUAUAUCACACGAUUCCAAUGGGACAUGGCCAAGUACCCCAUCAAGCAGUCUCUGAAGAACAUAUCUGAAAUCAUAUCCAAGCAAGUAACACAGAUUGACAAUGACCUGAAGGCCAGGGCUUCAGCCUACAAUAAUCUGAAGGGCAACCUGCAGAACCUGGAGAGGAAGAAUGCAGGGAGCUUGCUAACUCGGAGCCUUGCAGAUAUUGUGAAGAAAGAGGACUUUGUGCUGGACUCUGAGUACCUUAUUACUCUGCUGGUUGUGGUACCAAAAACAAAUUAUGCAGACUGGCAGAAGACGUACGAGACUCUUGCAGAAAUGGUGGUACCACGAUCCACAAACCUGCUCUUUGAGGAUCAGGAUAGUGGGCUGUUCAGUGUUACAUUGUUCCGCAAGGCCAUCGAUGACUUCAGACACAAAGCCAGAGAGCAGAAGUUCAUCGUCCGAGAUUUCCAGUACAAUGAGGAAGAGAUGAAGGCAGAUAAAGAGGAGAUGACGAGGCUUUCCACUGAUAAGAAGAAACAGUUUGGUCCUCUGGUGCGAUGGCUGAAGGUGAAUUUCAGUGAGGCCUUCAUUGCUUGGAUCCACAUUAAAGCUCUGAGGGUGUUUGUGGAGUCUGUCUUAAGGUAUGGCCUACCUGUGAACUUCCAAGCGAUGCUUCUGCAGCCCAACAAGAAGAACAUGAAGAAGCUGAGGGAGGUGCUGUAUGACCUGUACAAGCACCUGGACAGCAGUGCAGCUGCCAUUAUUGAUCAGUCUGCUGUGGACAUUCCUGGGCUCAACCUAAGCCAGCAGGAGUAUUAUCCCUACGUGUACUACAAAAUCGACUGCAAUCUGCUGGACUUCAAAUAGUGCAGCUCCUCCUGACCCACACAGCCCACUACUGUUUGCUUUGUCCUUGUGAACAUGUAUGAGAUGUUUCAUAAAUUGUAUAAUUACUCUUACACUAACCCCACCACCUGUUUCUCGCAUGCUCAUUCCCGCUGAGAGGUCAUGUUUUCUUUGCUGCUUGCCGGUGCUACUGCAGGCAGCAGAACAUCUGUAAUGGACGUCCCUACCAAGUUUACGGGCUUUUUUUUAAAGAUCAUCAGUGUAUUUAUAAUGUGCGUAAGUGAAUGGAUUGGGUGUAUUUAAGACAAAUUCUGCAUUUUAAUAUCAUUUCAAUUUUGAUUUGUGCAUUGUGAUAGUUAUAGCUGCUAAUGAUGAUAUUAGUAGAUAUUUUUUGUCAGGACCCUGGAGUCUUUUCCUUUAAUGGUAACAACAGUGGUCCAUAUCAAGAAACGGACUGCAUUACAAAAAGUACGAUAUGUGUUCUGUACAUGUGGUGUUAAAAGAAAUAUAAAAUAUAUAUAUAUAUAAAUGUGA